UGUUAUUCUACAGAAAUAGGACAGACUGCAAACUUUCCAGUGUAUUUACAGCAUUGGAGCUUUCGAUUCUAACUUACAGGCAACAUGAAGCUUUUGAUCUUUGGUGUGAUUUUGAUUGCUACACAUACUGGAGCCCAAGAUCUGGCCCAAGAUCCGGGAAAAAGGAUUUGUUACACUCAGUGGUUUGACCGGGACAAUCCCACUGGGAAUGGAGAUUAUGAAAUCUUGAAAGACUUGAGAGCAGAGUAUCCAAAAAAGAUCUGCUCCAAACCUCUGACCAUUCAGGCUGCAACACUCACUGGUGUUCCUGCAGAAAGCAUUGGACAAGUGUUUCAAGUGUAUGACACAGUCUUUGGAUUUGCCUGUGUCAAUUCUCAACAAAAGAAUGGAGAAUGCUGCUUGGACUAUAAGGUGCGUUUUGGAUGCCCAUGCCUUUGGCCCCCAGUCAAGCCUGAAGUGGAGUAUAUAAGAGAAGCCUCAGUAGACUUGUUAUUCUACAGACAUAAGACAGACUGCAAACUUUCCAGUGUAUUUACAGCAUUGGAGCUUUCGAUUCUAACUUACAGGCAACAUGAAGCUUUUGCAGUUUGUUACACUCAGUGGUUUGACCGGGACAAUCCCACUGGGAAUGGAGAUUAUGAAAUCUUGAAAGACUUGAGAGCAGAGUAUCCAAAAAAGAUCUGCUCCAAACCUCUGACCAUUCAGGCUGCAACACUCACUGGUGUUCCUGCAGAAAGCAUUGGACAAGUGUUUCAAGUGUAUGACACAGUCUUUGGAUUUGCCUGUGUCAAUUCUCAACAAAAGAAUGGAGAAUGCUGCUUGGACUAUAAGGUGCGUUUUGGAUGCCCAUGCCCUUGGCCCCCAAUCAAGCCUGAAGUGGAGUAGAUCCCAGCCUAGAACAUUUACUUAGAUACUGCACACAUGCAUGCUUGUUUCUUCAGCCAUUUUAUUAAACAAUUUAAAAGGCUGUUUUUCUUCAUAAAAUGUCUAAAAUGUCACUGAGUAUAUCUUGUUUUUGAGAUGAUUAACUUUUUCACUUGUUUUCUUAGACAUUUGGUGAUUAGGUUAUUGACUGUAGCAUGUUCUUUGUAUGCUUUUCUCAUUAUGAAUUAAAGAAUGCAAACAUAUGGGAUUUAAAUCAACUUUAUCUAGCCAGUUACUUUGCAAAACUAUAGUUUAAUUAAUAGAAGUGUCAGUGUUUUAAUUCUUUUUUUUGUUUUUCUGGUUUUGAUAAGUAUUGUGUGUGUGUGAGUGGCAGGGCAGAUUAUGUUUUUAUAUGUUUUAUAUCUUGCUACAACAGUGGCAAGACAACUCCCUGAGACAACUAGAAGUUAAAAUAAUGAGAGGAACCAACUUUGAAAGGGAACACAUCCUAUUCUGUGUGAACAGAUAUUGGGAUUAUAAAUUGUUACUCGUCCACAUUAUAUACCUUAAAAUCAAACAGUACUAGGUGUGUUGAAAGGAGGUUCAGUAUCAGCAUCAUAGUAAAUGGUCUGCACUUAUAUAACGCUUUUAUCCAAAGUGCUUUACACUGUGUCUCAUUCACCC